AUGUUUACCGACGAUCUCUUUAGCACCCGGAAGUCAACUACCGAAGAAGCUAUAAAGAAUCAAACCGACGUAGCGUUGAUCCAUGCGCAGCAGCUCUUCUCUACUAAAGCCAAACACUCCAAUACCGUUUUCUCGCCAGCGUCGAUCAGCGCCGCACUCACUUUGGCGGCCUCUGGUCCAUUCGAUUCUUUAGCCUCCAAGAAGAUCCUCUCCUUCCUAGGCUCUUCUUCAGUCGAAGAGCUCAACGCCGUCUUCAGCGUAGUCUUUGCGGACCAUAGCGCGAACGGCGGUCCAAAGAUCUCGUCGGUCAAUGGCGUCUGGAUCGAGCAGUCGCUACCGAUUGAUGAUUCAUCGUUCAAGGUUCUCUUUGAGAAAACCUUCAAGGCUACUUUCGACCGCGUAGACUUCCGAUCAAAGGCUGAAGAGUUGCGGUUGGAAUUGAAUACAUGGGCAUCAAACCAUACCAAUGGUCUCAUCAAAGAUCUUCUUCCUCAUGGAUCCAUUACAGAAGAAACCGAUGUCGUUUAUGGAAACGCAUUGUACUUCAAAGGUCAAUGGAAAAAACCAUUCGACAAGUCCUAUACGAGAGACGGAGAGUUUCACCUUGUCGAUGGAACCUCAGUGUCUGUGCCAUUCAUGAGCAGCAACAAGAACCAAUACAUAAAGGCUUACGUUGGUUUGACUUACGAUGGUUUCAAGGUCCUCAGGAUACCUUAUCGACAAAGCCAUGGUGAUACCGAUCGAAUCUCCCCUUAUCGACAAGGCGGUGAUGAUACCAAUCGGGGUUUCUCAAUGUAUUUUUAUCUCCCAGACAAAAAGGAUGGAUUGGACGAUCUUCUGACGACAUUGGCAUCUACUUCUGGAUUCUUGGAUAGUCACGUUCCAAUAGAGAAAGUUCUUGUUAAUAAAUUCAGAAUCCCAAAGUUUAAGAUCGCUGAUGGAUUAAGCGGUGAAGAUUUGGGAUUUAGCGGAAUGCCCUUGCACCAUAAAGCUUGUAUUGACAUCGAUGAAGAAGGCGCUGAAGCUGCUGCUGCCACUUUUACAGGUUUUGAUGGGGGAUGUUUUGCUCCUCCUAAGAUGAUAGAUUUUGUGGCAGAUCAUCCAUUCUUGUUCUUGAUUAGCGAAGACACAACUGGAACUGUUUUGUUCGUUGGUCAGAUCUUUGAUCCUUCCCAACAAUCUUCUUAG